AUGGAGGCGACCAAGGAGAGGCAGGAGCGCAAGGCCGCCGGCGCCCAGGAGGCCGACACGGUGCAGCUGCCGACGGAGACGAGCCCGUACGUGCAGUACGACGGCCUGGAGGACUACAAGCUGCGCGGCUACGGUGCGCAGGGACACCUCCCCGUCUCCGACGUGCCCCAUGGUGGGUCCGGCACCGACGCGCCCACCGUCCCGGGCACCGCCGUCCCCGUGGCGAAGCCGAAGCGCCACGACGACGCCCAGCCGCAGCGAGACCAGGGAGGAGGAGACGCCGGCCGUCUCGGCGACAUGGCCACCGACGCCAUCAACCGCCACGGCGUGCCGUAG